AUGUACCGCGAAAAGACAACCCUCCAACCCGUCGAAUACUACAAUAACCUCCCAUACCACUCCGCCACAACAACUUCAAACCAAACCACGCCUUCCGAUUUAGCCAUCUUACUUGACCCUAUCAUUGCUACUGGCGCCACGGCGAGUGCUGCCAUCGAUACGCUAAAAGAUUGGGGUGUCAAACGUAUAGUCAUUUGUAGUGUUUUGGCUAGUCACGAGGGCUUGGACAAGGUCAGUCGUGUUUGGGAGGAGGGUGUACAGAUCUGGGUUGGUGCUGUGGAUCCGGGUACAGAUGCGAAGGGAAUGAUCAAGCCUGGUCUUGGAGAUGUUGGCGAUAGACUUUUCCUCACGAUUGGCAAAUAA